ACACAUUUGAUUCGUUUAGCCGGUGUAAAUGACAAUAGGACGCACGCACACACUCAAGUCACAAAACAAAUGUUUACAGCAGUCGCAGUGUUGUGGCAGGGUUAUCCAUUGGAUCGAAUGGAAGUGUGUUUCAUUUCCAGUGUCAUUUGUGUGAAUUGGCUGUCAAUGUUUUGCCUCACGUGGAUUUGUUUUUAAAGCAUUUACACAGCACAUACAUCAUUUGUAGUGGCUGAAACAGUUAUUGAAUGCUCGUAAACAGAAAAUAAUUGUUCAAUAAAAACUAAAAAUAAUUCCCAAACAUUCGAUUUAAUUAGAAACUUCUUCAAUUUUCAAUUGGUUUCAUUUGAUCAAUGGAAUAAAUAAUAAAAAUCAUUCGAAUUGAAACUAGAUUAACGUGUUUAUAACCUCAAAAUAGAGUGAAAUCAAUUCGGAAUGGGCAAAUUUAAAUCGAAAAAAGGUGGUAAAGCGGAAGCUUUCACCAGUAAAAAGAAAGUGGAAGAUGUGAAAAAGUCUUUGAAUCCAUUUGAGUUGCAUACAAAUCGUGAGAAAAUUUCGGUAUUGGGACGAAAAUUGAAACAUGACAAAGGUAUGCCGGGUAUCUCGCGUGCAAAGGCCACACAAAGACGAAAGGAUACGCUAGGCCGAGAGUUUCUGCAGAAAAAUAAAACCAAUAAGUUCAAGGAUAAUCGUAUCGGUCGCAGGGGAAUGUCCGAAGAAGAUGCGGCUAAUGCACGUUUCAUUGCUGAACGACUUGAACAGUUCAAGACGAAAAAGAAGCAAUCGAAGUUUAAUUUGAAUGAAAAUGAGGAAGUGCUCACGCACAAAGGUCAAACAUUGGAGGAAGUGGAACAGUUUCAUGACACAAUAUCCGACGAUGAUGAUGAUGAUGAAAUUGGCAAAUUGGACGCUGAAUUCACGGGCGCUGCGCAUUUCGGUGGCAAAGGCGUAGGUGAUACAGAUGGCAAACGUAAAAAUGCCAUUGAAGACUUGAUUGCCGAUCAAAAGCGUCGUAAAGCCGAAAUAUCGAUAGAGAAGGAAGUCGUUUCGAAUCUAACACAUAAAUUGGAUGCCAAUUGGAAGGACUUAGUGCCGCUGAUGAGUUUGCAAAAGGAUCAAAAUGCAGAUGCACCAAAACCGGACGAUUUUGAUAAGGUAUUGAAAGAAAUGGUGUUCGAUCGUCGCGGUACAGUUACCGAUAAACUGGACACAGAUGAGAAAGUACUGAAAAAAGAGAAGGCAAAAUUGGAACGGCUGGAAAAAGAGCGAAUCGACCGAAUGCAUGGAUUAACGGAAGAGGAGAAACAAGCCAAACAUCGUUCGGCUGACGAUUUGGAUGACGGAUACUUUUUAGAAUCCACGUUUCAAGAGCAAAAAACUUUGGCUUAUAAUCAAGAUGGCAAAGCAAAUCGUGAUGACGACGAUACCGAUGAAGAGUUGGAUCGAUUGAUAGCGUUGAGUAAAAAUGCGCAAAAUGGAAACGUUGAAAACGGUGACGAAGAAGACGGUAAUUCUGAGGAAGGCUCUGAGGAGGAUUCCGACGUGGAGGGUGAAGAAGAGGAAAGCAGUGGCGAAGGAGAUGCAUUCAGUGACUUGGUUUAUGAGAGUGACUCCGAACCAGAAUUGAAUAAGUCCAAAGAUGCUAGUCUUAAGAAAAGUGUCACCAAAAAGGCUGCUCCAUCCGAUACAAAGAAAAGUGCCAAAGUCAAAGUACUAACCGAUGAUGAGCGAAAAGCGAUGAUGGAAAAGGCGAAAAAAGAGUUGCCGUACACAUUCGAAUUGCCUCAAAAAUACAAUGACUUAGACAAACAGCUGAAAAAAUACAGUGCCGACUAUCAAGCCGUAAUUUUAGAGCGAAUGAUCAAAUGCAAUCAUCCAAAACUCGAACCGGCAAACCGUGAACGAAUGGUUUCCUUAUUCGCUUUCUUAUUGCAAUACAUCAACGAUUUGGCAUCUGACAGUGAUCCAGUUCAUUGUUUCACUGUUUUAGAUCGAAUAUUACCAUUUUUGUACGAUAUAAGCCACAUAGUGCCGGCCGAAACAACAAAAUGCUUCUUGGAAGUGAUUAAGGAAAAACAAUCCGAAUUCAGAAACUCAAAAGAAUUCCCCAAACUAGACACGUUGGUGUUUUUGAAAAUUGUCUCCAGUUUGUAUUCGGUAUCCGAUUUUCGGCAUGGAAUUGCAUCGCCUUGUGUGAUUUUUAUAAGUCAAAUUCUAACCCGUUCUCGUGUGUCCAAUCGCUCAGACAUCAGUUCGGGGUUGUUUUUAGUAACGGUUUUAUUAGAAUACACACAAUUGUCCAAACGAUACCUUCCGGCGGCGCUCAAUUUUUUGGCAGGUGUUUUGUAUUUAGGCAUUAGAAAACGAAGCGUCCAUCAAAUGAAAGUUGUGCCGCCAUUUAAGUCGGUCGGCGAAUUGAGUUCACUUUUAGUACUGAAAAAACAAACCGCUUUCGAUGAAGAGAGUCGUCUUAUGGCCAUAGAUUUAACCAAAGUGGAAAUAGAUAAUUCAUUCAAAGUGCGGGCAUUUAACACGGCUGUUCUGCUAACGAAACAGAUCCUUUCGAAUUUGGACAAUUGUGGCUUGCAAUUUUUAGCCGAACCAUUCUCCAAAUAUUUGGAUAAAAUCGAUUUGAAACACUAUCCAGAGAAAUGCAAAGAGAAUGUUUCAGCCUUGCUAAAGGUUAUUGAUAGAAUAAAUAGCGAACCAUUGACCUAUCUAGUACCCGAACUGAAACGGCCCAAAACACUUCGACAACUCGAACCGAAAUAUGAACGUGUCUACGAUGAUCGGAGAGAUCGUAGCAAGAAUGCUGGCAAUGCAGCCGUUCGCAAGGGACUGCAACGGAAAAUUAAGAAGGAAACUAAGGGCGCUGUGCGUGAAAUUCGACGUGAUAACGCAUUCUUGGCUAAGGUUCAACUUAAGAGAAGACUACAAAGUGAUGUUGAACGCAGAGAUAAAGUCAAACGUAUCUUCUCCGAAGCGUCAAUUCAACAAGGUGAACUCAAUGCAAUCGAUCGAAAGAAAAAGCACUUGUAAAGCAAAGGAUUCAAUGUUAUUUGACAUUUUAAUGAUAAUAAUAAUAAAAGAAAGAACAAAACUUGUUUCUAACA